AUGGCCGACCCAUCCGACGCCCUUGCGCCCCGCGACGACGAGCACGACCCCCAGUUCGAGCCCGUAAUCAAGCUCACGGAGCAGGUCGAGACGAAGACCUUCGAGGAGGACGAGGUGCCGCUCUUCAAGAUGCGUGCGAAGCUCUUCCGGUUCGCGACCGAGUCCUCGGAGUGGAAGGAAAGAGGCACGGGCGACGUCCGCCUGCUGCAGCACAAGGAGACGAAGAAGAUCCGUCUCGUGAUGAGGCGCGAUAAGACGCUGAAGGUCUGCGCGAACCACGCCAUCACUUCGGACAUGCGUCUGCAGCCCAACAUCGGCUCGGACCGCUCGUGGGUGUACAAGGUCGCCGCCGACUACGCCGAGCAGCCGCCUACUGCCGAGACCCUUGCCAUCCGUUUUGCGAAUGCCGAGAACGCGGGUCAGUUUAAGGAGGAGUUCGAGAAAGCGCAACAGAGCAACGUAGACCUGGCCGCUGCCGGUGCCCCCGCGCCAGAAGCGCCGGCUACCGAGGAGACUCUCGAAGCCCCCGCCCCCGCCGAGGAGGAGAAGAAGGAAGAGGAGCCUGCAGCUGCCGUCGAAGAGGAGAAGAAGGAGGAAGAGAAGAAGGAGGAGUAA